AUGGCUUGUCGAGGUGGCUGCUGCUGCUGCUUAUUCGGUCACCUGAAUGAAGAUAAUGGUCGCUUCCUCCUGCUGGCCAUUCUUAUUAUCCUCUACCUGCUUUGUGGAGCAGCGGUUUUCUCGGCCAUUGAGCAGCCCAAAGAGAGAGAAGCCAAGGAGAGGUGGCAGUUGAAGUUUGACAACUUUUCACAGAAGUACAACCUCAGCAAGAGUGACCUGCGCAACUUCCUCCGGGACUACGAGGAGGCCAACGUGGCUGGCAUUAGGGUGGAUGCCAUCAGACCCAGGUGGGACUUCACUGGGGCAUUCUACUUUGUUGGCACCGUCGUCUCUACAAUAGGUUUUGGCAUGACCACCCCAGCCACCAUUGCAGGGAAGAUUUUCCUCAUAUUCUAUGGCUUGAUUGGAUGUGCGGCCACCAUCUUGUUCUUCAACCUCUUCCUGGAACGCCUGAUCACAGUCAUCGCCUUUAUUAUGAAGUCGUUUCACGAGAGGCAGCUGAGGAGGAAGGAGGGCAUGCCUCCCGAAACACGUCGGGGCUCUGGUAACUCGGAGGUGGACAGUCUAGCUGGAUGGAAACCAUCCGUAUAUUACGUAAUGCUCAUUUUGUGCGUUGCGGCCAUUAUCAUAUCUUGCUGUGCCUCUGCCAUGUACUCGCCCAUCGAAGGAUGGGGCUACUUCGACUCCCUCUAUUUUUGCUUUGUUGCCUUCAGCACUAUCGGAUUCGGUGACAUGGUCAGCAGUCAAAAAGCCAAAUAUGAAAACCAAGGACUUUACCGUUGCGGCAAUUUCAUCUUCAUCUUCAUGGGGGUUUGCUGUAUAUAUUCCUUAUUCAACGUGAUCUCGAUAGUCAUCAAGCAGUGCAUCAAUUGGAUAUUAAAGAAGCUAGAAUGCCGAUGUUGCCAAAGAUGCCAAAGAAAAAUAUUUAGGCCCAAAAGGAACGUGGUCAUGCCGGGCAACGUUCGAACUAGACGGAACAUCUCUAUUGAGACGGACGGCGUUUAUGAGAGCGAGACGGACGGCCGGAGGAUGUCGGGUGAGAUGAUCUCCAUGAAAGACUUCUUGGCCUCCAACAAAGUCUCCUUGGCCAUCAUGCAGAAGCAACUCUCGGAGACGGCCAACGGCUGCCCGAGGCAAAUCGGCACAAGUUCCCGGCACAAUGGCUUCUCAGGUGGUGUGGGGGCAUUAGCAAUUAUGAAUAAUAGACUGGCAGAGACCAGUGUGGACAGGUGA